CUGAAUAUCUAAAUUUAUUUUUUUAAUGCUUAAGCUACAUAAUUUUGGGCAACUGAAAAUAUAAAUUGAUAAAAAAUAAAAAUGCUUUCUGUCAAAAUUAUAACAAAAAUAAAAUACUGUAGUCUGGACAGGGCCCAGGAAAAUGGGGGGGUGUUUUUAAAGCAUGGUAAAAUAUUUUUAUUAAUGCUUUUUAAACAACACUUAGCACCUAGUGUAGCUAUGCCCUCAGUGCUAUGUAUUGUUUAAAAAUGUCUUAAUUUAACACCUGUUAACUAUUUUUUCUGGUCUGUAUGAGCCAUGGGUGACAGUUGGCUAAAGUGUUAAACAGACUGUAAAGUAACCUUUCAAAUGUGUGCCACUGUAAAGUUUCGUUUUAAUGGCUACGAGAACAGUAGUCUGGUUACGCAUGGGGAUCUGUAACUUAGGAAACACAACAAUUGAUUCUGUUUCUUUUUAGUGUUCUUGUAGAAAGUAACAUAAAGCAAUGAAGAGAUGAUAGAAUAAGGUGAUUUAGUACUGCUGUCUCCUCUGAAAACCAUAAUUCCAAAGCAUUUAUGUGGAAAACUGCAUGGUAUUAAUGUGAAUUAAUUCUAAAAGGUUGGAAGUCUGUGGAAAAGAAUGGGUUAUGAUAUUGAGCGUUUUGUUGGCUAUGUUAAUGAAGGACUUUUAUGCUGUAUAUGCCGAGAUGUAUUAGAAGACCCCUUACAGGCUCCUUGUGAACAUGCUUUCUGUACUGCCUGUAUACAUGGAUGGCUUGUUCAUCACAAUAAUUGCCCUGAAGACAGACAAGCACUUGAUAUGUCUGUGCUACGACCUCUCUACAGAUACAUGAAAAAUGAUCUAAAUCGACUUCAGCUUCAUUGCAAAAAUGGAGAGCGUGGUUGUGAAAUGGUUUGUUCUCUAGAAUCUAUAGACAGACAUGAGAGAGAAUGUGAAUACAGCCAGAUACCCUGCUCAAAUGCUGGUUGUCCAGUUCAGAUUGAACGACGUAACUUAGAUAGCCAUUUGGCAGUGUGUGAAUACCGGAGCCGUGAAUGCCCUAAUGGUUGUGGUUAUACCAUUCUCAGGGCAGAAGACACGCAGCAUAAUUGUGUAGCAGAGCUAAGAACAGAACUAGAACUGCUCCGUUUUGUACCUCUUCCCACCCCUUCCUGCUGGUACCGUCUCUCUUGCUCCUUUGGUCAGUGGAGGCCCCAGCUCUCCUGCACUUUGCUGGUGACCCAGGUUCAGUUCCUGAAACAUCUAUCUUGGAGUUCUGUAUUGCUGCCGGUCGCCAUAGGAUUUGAGCACCAAGAAUCUCUGAUAUUGAUGCCAGGACUAGAACUUGCACAUUCUAUCGAGAGAGUAAAACCCCUAAAUAGGUCAGAAAUGAUCUGCAGAGUGGAAGAGGCAAAGCAUGAAAUGGAGUCCAGAUUAGAUUCACAGAGAAGGCAUAUGGUGCAAAAAGAGAGUCUUCUGCAAAAUGAAAUUGAAGAACUAAAGAGUCAGAUGUCACGAAUGAUGUCUGAAGUGCGCUCUCUUAUGGCUGCAGAGAGACAGCAUCGUCAAGAGCUGGAGCAAGCAGAGCUCGAAAAGCGUGAAUUAAUGGAGCUGCUGAAAGGCCUACAGAAAGACUGCCGAUUAAAUAAUACAGAAGGAAACAAGAAAUCAACAAACUUUCGCCCUCUAACACGACUAGAGAGUGUGAAACGAAAACCCAGGGAAGUUACAGUCAUCUAAACAGAAGUAUGACAAAAGCUACUUGAAUGUUGUUUUACCCACAACAGACCUCAAUUUUAUACAAAGGACACAUGAUCAGGAGGACAUCUAUGUUGAUACUAAAAUCUGGAACUAUACAAUGGUAAUAAUAGACCCACGGAUCUUGAAUCAUGAGGUUUCUUACAUUUGAGGGCUGCAGGACACUUUGCCAUAUUUGAGCUCUCUAGAUUUCUAGACAGUUAGACCCUGAGCAUGUGAGUGAAACCCACCAGCCAGACAUCUGAAAUAUAUGCAUGAGGAAAGAGAGCUCCAUGAUGUUACAAGGGUUUAUGCAAGUCUCCAUGCCUGGUUUGGUUAUUUUUUUUCCCUACUGAACUUAAUACUAACAACAUACUGAAAGAAACAAGUAGAAUGUUAGUGACUGCAGUAAAUCUGUCGUGGAAGCAGAAUUAGCACUUAGUGAUUAAGACCUAAGGAUAUCACUAAUCUUUA